UAGCUUCUGGCCCUCAUCAAAUCCGCACCUGUGCGCCAUGGCUUCAGGUGUGCUCGGCUCAUUGAACUCCGCUAGCACUGGUGGCAGCCAGACAAACUUGGACACUGUAAGCGUAAUCAGCUUUUGGGAUCGAAAUGGGCGAUAAGGAUGUCGAUAUUUUGCGACCACUCAGCGAUGACGAAGUGGAUGAGCUGAUGCAGUUGUAUGGCGAGAAAUAUGGACCACUCAAUUUCCACUAUCUCUUGCUGUACAAUCAGCGCAAAUGGGAUCGCCAGCUGGACGCGGCGGGCAUUUCCCGGACAGAUGAGGCUAACCUAUCGCUGCGCAAGCGCUUCUAUACGCAUCGAACUGGCGGCUUUCGACAAUACGGCACAUACGUGAGCCUGCACCGGGACGUGGUGCAGAGCGUGUCCUUUUACAGCUGGCAGCCCGUGGAGCCGGCGGAGCUGUUCACCUGCCUGGAGCAAACACAGCGCAUUGAAUGGUCAAACGGUGCGCUGCUGACCAACGUUGAUCUGGAGCAUUGCGCACGCGUCAAGGAGAUUGCCAGCAGGAAGGGAGCGAGUGGCAUACAGGCACGUGAGUGCUACGGCAUGGUAUUGCCACAUGCCGAGGCGCGCACGGUGCACGUGCCCGAUCUGCUGUCAGACUUUGAGCUGCGCCGGCUGUGCGAUGAGGAUGCGGCCAUGGUUCAUGCUGUUUGGCCCAAUAAGGGCGAAGGAUCGCUGGCAUACAUACGUGCUUUAAUCAAGUACAAUAGAACACUGGGCGCCUGUCGCAGCGACACUGGCGAGCUAAUCGCCUGGAUAUUCCAAAACGAUUUCUCCGGUCUUGGCAUGUUGCAGGUGCUGCCAAAGGCAGAACGGCGUGGCCUCGGCGGUCUCUUGGCCGCGGUCAUGACCAAACUGAUUGCCAAAGGGGAAGAGGUUACGCUCACCGCAUGGAUUGUCGCCAGCAACUGGCGCUCGGAGGCGCUGCUCACUCGCAUUGGCUAUAAGAAGGCCGUUGUGAACGAGUGGAUCAAGCUGUUGCCUGCAUAAUAUGCGGCCGGAUCUGGGUAAAAUAGCUGAUUGGUUAUAGUGAGGGAAGCCACGAAAUAUAGGACAUAUAUGGAACUAAAAUAGAAACGAUUAUACACUAUACACGCUUUUAUUUCUUUUUUAUAUAUAAUAUAAUAAUGGAGACUUCUAACCAGAUGUAGUUUUGUUAGAAUGCAUUCGAGUUCAAUGGACGUCAGUCUCAGAUAGCACGGAUUGAUUAAGGCUUUCCACGGGAGUUAGUGAAUUGUUGUCAAAGUCUACAUCUAAAAGAAAAAUACAAACUGCAAAACGAAAUGAAAUAUAUCCAAUCUCAUUUAAAAUACAUUCAAGAAUAUAUAAGCAAUCAGAAUACUUUACGUCCGCAUAUAUGAACUAUUCCGUUGCGCCAUAG